UCCACGAAUCGUUGAUCACGGAUGCCAGGCGUAUGCCACGAGACACGUAGACGAUUGAAACGCCAUGCCUUAGUUUAGUGAAAUGAGUUAUCAAAAACAUUUCCCAAGGCUGCGAUUUACGGUGAACAUUUGAUUUGAAACCGAAACGUGACCAGUGUUGAGUCUUGGAAUCAACUCCCUAUUUUGACACAUAGUGUCGUGCCAAGCACAGUGCGGUAUCAAGCGGAGGCAAUUCGACGCCAUGAUGGAGGGAAUAUGCGAGACCAACGAUAUUUUGAACAAUGGGCCGUCAAAAAAGACAAAUCCAGCGGAUACCGUGGAUUUGUCUGACAAAUCGUUGCAAGUGGACAUCUCGGAUGCUCUCAGUGAAAAGGACAAAGUCAAAUUUACAGUUCACACAAAAACAACGCUUCCAGAGUUUCAAAAGGAAGAGUUCUUGGUUGUUAGACAGCAUGAAGAAUUCGUUUGGCUUCACGAUCGAUUCGAGGAAAACGAAGAAUAUGCCGGAUACAUCAUUCCACCAUGUCCACCUAGACCGGAUUUCGAUGCAUCUCGAGAAAAAUUACAAAAACUCGGCGAGGGCGAAGGAAGCAUGACAAAAGAAGAGUUCUCCAAGAUGAAACAAGAAUUAGAAGCAGAAUAUUUAGCCACGUUUAAGAAAACAGUGGCGAUGCACGAAAUGUUUUUAACAAGACUGGCGCAUCAUCCCGUUUUUCGGAAUGACCACAAUCUCAGAGUAUUUCUUGAAUAUGAUCAAGAUCUUUGUGUUAGAGGUAAAAACAAGAUGGAAAUGUUUGGAGGUCUUGUGAAGUCGCUUUCCAAAACAACGGAUGAGUAUUACUUGUCCGCAACUGUGAAGGAUGUGAACGACUUUUUUGAUCAAGAAAUGUCAUUCCUGCAUCAGUAUAAUAAUAAUUUAAAAGAAGCGACGAGUCGCGCUGAUCGUCAAACAGUAAAACACAAAGAUGUAGCUGAUUCGUAUAUCAAAAUUUCAAGCAAUCUUCUUCAGUUAGCCACCUCAGACGCUGGAAAAUUGGAAAGGUUUUUAACAAAAGUUGCCGAAGCCUUUGAAAAAAUCAGGAAAGUGGAAGGUCGCGUCGCUUCUGAUGAAGAUUUGAAAUUGUCAGACACGUUGCGUUACUACAUGAGGGAUUCAGCUGCAGCAAAAAGAUUGCUGUUUAGAAGAUUAAAAGCUCUGCACGCUUACGAGACAGCGAACAGAGCGUUGGAGAAAGCUCGUGCCAAAAAUAAGGAUGUUCAUGCCGCGGAACAAACCCAAACAGAAGCCUGUGAAAAGUUUGAACAAAUGUCGGAAAAAGGAAAAGAAGAAUUAACGGACUUCAAGACCAGAAGGGUAGCUGCCUUCAAAAAGAAUCUCAUAGAGCUUACCGAAUUGGAAAUCAAACAUGCAAAGGCCCACGCUGAGCAGCUCAAGAAAUGUUUAGCCUCACUUCGAGAAGAAUGAUUCUGCGAAUCAUUUUGCCAUUACAUAAAUUGCGCAUCUUGUAUGCAAAACGAGGUAUCCAACAUCAUUUUGAUAAUUUCAUUGUAUAUUAUAUUUUUUGUUAUCAUCAGCUGCAGUAGGGUGUCGAUAAGAAAUAUUGUAUUAUCGAUUGCAUUCUGCUGGG